AUGGCGUCUUUUGAACAAAUCUUGGGUGUAGAAGGAUGUAGCAGCAGCGAAUCUGGUUGGACUAUGUACAUUUCUUCAUCCACGCAAGGCGAUGGUGCUGGAAACAUCGAAGAGAAUGAUGAAUAUGAUGGAGGAAUCAAUGGUGGAAUGGGAAGACACAAGCGUGAAACCAAAGUUGAUAUGGAAGAAAGUGAUGACUCAACGGUUUCAGACGCUUCAUCUGCUCCACUUCAUUAUCACUGCACAAGAGUCUACAGAAAAGAUAGAAAAGACGGUGGAAGAAAAUAUUCUUCCCGGAAGGAUGCGAACAAACCGGAGAAGAAACGCGUCGACACCAGAAGAAACAAAUAA